AGCCACACCGAACCUCCUCUGCCCGCUCUCAGCUUCCCUUGAUGCACAUUAAGUAAGGCAUUACGGAUGCCGUUCGGAACUCUAAAAUAAUUUACACAAAGGACCCUAGGGCAUGGCCAAAUAUUUUCAGAGGAUGGCGACACGGAUGACUAUCAGUUGGGGUGUUAGUCCGCGGCUGUGAGUUCCACCACGAGGUGUGAGAAGGGGAGCCGAAGGGGUGAUCUAGACUUGUCCCAGGACUCAGCGGUACUAUCCGGCCCACACCCCUCCCCUGUCCUCUUGUGCCGGACACUGGGUGGACAUUGUACACGUGACCCUGCUGUGUAUGGGGUGGUCAUACCUGAUAGAUCCGUUGGUAUGGAUACAGCACCAUAGCAAGGUCGCUUCUUGUGUGUGAGGGAACUUGUACUGAUGUCUGUUUCUAGAGCAGCGUCGUGUAAGCGAUAUUGUGUUACAAGCAAACGCCACACAAGCGGUCUUCGUUUUUCAAAACACCAAGUUAAUCAUGCUUUGGUCUAGAACAGACGUGAUUGUGGUCAACAAUAUGUAGGUGAUCCUUCAGUUCACGAAAGCAAGAGUGAUCUACAAGUGAUCCUUUGGACCACGAAAGCAAGAGUGAUCGACAUUAAAAAGGUGAUCUUUCGGUCUAGGACAAGGAGGUGCGAACCAUCACCUACUGAUAUAUGCAAGCCAUCUAUUGUACAUAAUUGUGUGACCAGAUUGCACGAAUGAAGAACCUUGGGAUGCGGUUGUUCAGAGGACAUUGGGUGGCGGUGUUGCUGGUAGUGGUCCUUCAUGUGCACGUGCACUGGGACGUUGCCUCCGCUGGGAACGUCACGAUGUGGGAUAAUACAACAACAUCGACUUCCUCACAUGACAGUUUUGUCACAGCUGCUGAUGAGAGGACUAUUAAGCAUCCAGACAAAACCAUUUCUGGGAAUGAAUCAGAGAUUGAAAUCGCAUGUACCAACUGUUCAGGGAAUAUGAGUGAUGUUGAUAUUGAAGUAAAUGACACAAGGGUGUACACCAACGACCACAAUACAACAGUUACGACAUCGACGACGACAGCGGAAACGUCACCAGCAACAACAUCAAGGAUGAUGACAGAAACGACAUCAAAAGAGGUUUCCAAUACAAAUAUUACAGAAAGCAAGCCAAAUAUUGAUAACAGUUCCAGUGUAAGUCACAACGCAACUACAGAAUCUUUUGACCUAUUUUAUGAAAAUUCAACUACUAACAACUCAACGUCACAAGCAAAGAAAGACAAACCAGUCACUAGGACCAAGAAACCACGGCCUCAUAUGACAAAAGCGCAGUACGAGUAUUUGGUACGACACUUCACGGGGUUCAUGCAGCAUCUCCGGGUAGGACAUGCCACGCCCAAUAGUUUAGCUGAUCCUCUAGACUUUGAUGACGGACCGUUUGGAAGUGUUCUAUGGCGGGACAAGAAAUACUUGGUGAGCGUUCUCAUCCCGAUCGGCGUGGGGAUAACUGGUGCCAUGCUCAUUAUCGUCACGGCGUACGCCACACGUGUGUGUCGCAGGAGGAAGGUGGCUGAGAGGAACCCGAGGACAUUGUUACAGCCAAGCGUUUCCCGACCAGAUGACAUCAUGCUCCUAGACCAGUCGUCUGAUGACGAGUUUUGAUAGGCCUUAUAUGACGUCACGCAUAAAGAUGGCUCCGAGGAUCUUCGAUGUGAUGCAAGGUCACGUGUCGAGGAGCACGUUGCAAGCCACGAAUCGCUUAGUGUAAGCAAAAGCAUUGCUCAUCCGGGGUCUGCAAUACCUCCAAUCGCAUGCGCACUGUUCCAAAAUGGCGGCGCGACUGACAACCGCUUGGUUACCUUGCCCUAAUGAAGAACGUGAUAGAAGCACAGAUGAAUUUACGACUACUGAUGACUACUUUGAAGAUGUGGAGCUGAAUGGGGAUGCUGGCAUGUUAGCUGCAUUUGCCCAUUUCCCAGUUGAUCCAGUCAAGAAUUUCUUGUUCCGCUGUCAAACUCAAGUUUCCGUCAGCCGCCAUUUUGGUUGAGAUCGAAGCAACCCCAGACAGCUAUUGGCGCGAUUGUAAGCGGCUGAACGUUUGCUCCCCGUUUUAAGGAGAAUCGCUGGACAUCGCUUGCUAGCGAUUUGCUGUUUGCAUCGCACCCCAGAUACUGUUACGCCAUCAGCAUCUUGCAAGCAGCUGUGACAUCACAAUAUAUAUUACGUCAGAGUUGACGGCGAUUGUGACGUCAUUCAUAAAUGACGCAACACCUUGCGAAUACUACCAAAUGAGCAGCAACACGUCUUGUGACUUCAGUCCCAUCAUCCCAGAUAAUCAUUCACAAAGGCGAAAGUAGAUUCCAUAAAAUUAUAUGUUGUAUUGCGAAACAUCCAAGUGUUUGGACCUUCGAAACAGUUUAUAAAUGAACUCAGGAUCGAUAACGUCUGAGUGUAUUUAUGAUUCUAAACUAUUUAUUCCGAAGCUUUAGUCACGAGAAUACAUUUUUUUCUACGUCUUCAAAACAAUUCCACCGUUGACAAUUGUACAAAACUGCGAGAUAUAUUUACAGUUUGUAUUUUUGCGGGUCACUGCUCGAGUGUCUGUGCAACAGAUACAGUGUAUUCAUCAAGCUAGCUGUACAUAUAUAGUGUUGUUGGUCAUCUACGUUUAUGAUACCUUAUAUGGAUUGCAUUUUUUGUGUAAACAUCUACAAUGUAUUAACAAAACAAAAGGGUUUAAUCGUUGACAUUAUUCCAAUCGCUGCAAAUCAUUUUUCAGAUCUUCCAGAAAGACUACUAUGUAACUUUAUAUAUUGUGUGUGAACUAUGAUAUUGUUUGUUACUUAUGAUAUUGUUUGUAAUUAAAUGUGUCAGUUUCUCGGUU